GCCCACUUCUUCCACUAUUACCUUGCUAGCCUCUGCCAUGGAGGCCCCCAAGAUCCUGGGUCUGUCACAACUGCUUCUCCUUCUGGGUCUCCCUCUUGCCUAUGGAGACCCUCUGUACCUCCUGGUGACCCCUCGAGUUCUAUGGGUGGGGAGCCCAGAGAACAUUAUGCUUCAGGUGCAUUCGGACCCUGAGAAACCUCUGGUCGAGACUCUUGAAGUGCUUCUCACCAUUUGGGACUUUCCCCUAGAGAGGAAGUUGUUGUAUAACCUAUCACUCACACUCAACCUAGAAAACAACUAUAUGGCCUUGGCUCCUGUGACGAUCCCUGAAAGCGUAGUCUUCCCUCCACGUCCGGGGAAGCAGUACGUGGUCCUCAAAGCCUCCUCUAAGAACUUCUCUCUGAUGAAAACCAUCCUGGUUGCUCCACAUGCUGGCUACAUCUUCAUCCAGACGGACAAGACCAUCUAUACCCCUGAGCAAUGGAUUCAAUACAGGGUGUUCACAGUGAACCAUGGAUUAGACCCAGUGCUGAGACCAUUCACCAUCAACAUAAAGAAUCCUCAAGGCAUCUCGGUCAUCAGACAGAACCGAGGGGAGGAGAGUGGUUUCUUUGUGGGUUCCUUCCAUCUCCCUGAAUUGGUCAGUUUUGGAACCUGGACUAUUGAGGCUCAUUAUCAGAGUGGGCCCCAGAAUCCAUACAGCGUGUCCUUUGAAGUGAAAGAAUAUGUGCUCCCAUCCUUUGAGGUCCAGUUGGUUCCCAAUAAGACCUUCUUCUACCUUAAUGACAUGACUUUGGGGAUUGAUAUCGAGGCCAGAUAUGUUUUCAACAAGCCUGUCGAUGGACAUGCCGUGGCCAUUUUUGGGAUAAAACUGGACUCUAGUUGGAUCGCCAUCCAGGACUCACUGCAGAGAGUAAAGAUUUCUGAAGGCAAGGGACAUGCUUCCCUCAGCAAGGACACCCUGACCACACAGUUCCAGGAUCUCAACGAUCUCCUGGGGGUUUCAAUUUUUGUCAAUGUUACUGUAUUCUCCUCUGCGAGUGAAAUGGUUCAGGCUGAGCACUCAGGGGUGAAGAUAGUCCAGAGUCCCUAUAAUAUCAAAUUCACCAGAACACCUCAUUAUUUCAAGCCUGGAAUGCCCUUCCACUUUGGGGUCUCAGUCACCUAUCAUGAUGGGUCUCCAGCAUCUGAGGUUCCUGUGCAAUGUGAAGGCAACAGGGUCCAGACUUCAGCUGAAGGGCUUGGUUCCUUGACCCUUAACACUGCAACCAAUUUGGAGAAACUGUCCAUUCGAGUAGAAACAAAGGAUGAGUUUCUUCAGCCCCAGGAACAGGCCUCUGCUGAGUUGACAAUCCAGGCCUAUAAGACUCAGGAAGACUCUGGAAACUUCCUACACAUUGAGGUCAACACUUUGGAGACUGAGGUUGGAAAAAGCCUUCAAUUAAGCCUCAAUACAAGGCACAAGAAUCAGGACAUCAAAGAAAGAAUCACACACUUCACCAUCUUGUUACUGAGCAAAGGGCAGAUCACACAUGUCCAGAUCGAGCCCAGGAGAGUCGGGGGUAUUGUAACAUCUUCCAUGGUCCUUGUGAGGCCAGAACUACUGCCAUCCUUCCGUAUCCUGGCCUAUUACAUCCUCCCAGGCUCCAGUCCAGAGCUUGUGGCCGACUCCAUCUGGAUUGAUGUGAAGGACACAUGCAUGGGCACGCUUCAGGUAGGCCUGAAGGAUUCAACUGAUGAUGGAGUAUAUGAACCCAGUAUCCUUGUGAACCUACUGCUGACUGGUGACCCUCAUGCCCUGGUGGGUCUAGUUGCCGUGGACAAAGCCGUCUACGCCCUAAACAGCAAGCACAAGAUUUCCCAGAAGAAGGUUUGGGAUGUGGUGGAGACUCGAGACAUUGGCUGCACUGCAGGAAGUGGGAGAGACAACCUGGGUGUUUUUACGGAUGCUGGUCUGGACCUCACAACCAGUGCUGGGAUAAACACAGUGGCUAGUGAAGACUGGCAAUGCCCACGGAGUUCCUCCUCCUCCUCCUCACGCAAAAGCAGGUCCCUGAAGAUUCUGGAAAAAAAAAGACAAAAAGUGAAUGAAUUCAGGGUCCAGCUGGAGCGACGCUGUUGUGAGGCGGGCUUUCGGGAGGGGCCUGUCGGACUCUCAUGCGAGGACCGGGUGCCCUGGGUACGCCACGGCCCCGCUUGCAAGGCUGCCUUUCUACAGUGCUGUCACCAUGGGGCAAUGCUGGAUCAAGAGGCCGAGGCGGAGAGGCUGUUGCUGGGGACUGCUGGUGAAGAUGAGGACCCAGACUUUUGGAUCCUGGAAGAGAACUUGCCAGUACGCACAGUCUUCCCUGAGACUUGGCUCUGGAGAAAGGUCACUUUGCCAAAGGACCCUGCCCGGGGUUUGAGACUUGCAUCUAUGACCAUCCCUGUGACCCUGCCUGAUUCCAUCACCACUUGGCAAAUCAUGGCUGUGAGCCUCCGGAAGGGCAAAGGUGUUUGCAUCUCAGAGCCUCUAGAGCUGGUGGUCAAGAAGGCUUUCUUCAUGGACCUGAAGCUGCCUUUCUCUGUGGUCAGGAAUGAGCAGGUCCAAAUCCAAGCCGUGCUGCAUAGCUACCUGAAAAGAACUGCCCGGGUUCGUGUAGAAUUUCCCUACAAGAAGGCGCUGUGUAGUAAGGCCAGCAAGACCCAGUCCUUCUUCCAGAGAGUAUCUGUGCCUCCUGCCUCCUCCAGGGUGGUGUACUUCAUUGUGCUUCCUGUAGAGCAGGGCAAAGUUGAUGUGGAAGUCAAAGUUGAGGGAUUUGGUGUCUGGGACCAAGUGAAGAAAACACUCUUUGUUCAGGCAGAAGGACAGAUAGAGAGACUCUCUUAUAGCGUGCUGUUGGACCCCAAAGGUCUUACCCAGCAAGAAAUUGUGCAGAGAAGUGCCUUUGAAAACAUGGUGCCUGGCACAAAUGCAGAAGUGUUUGUCAGUGUACAAGGAGAUAUUCUUGGUGAGCCCAUCCUUGGAGCCCUGACACCAUCUGAAUUGCACAAGCUGCUAACAGUGCCAACAGGCUGCCCUGAGCAGACCCUGAGCUCUUUGGCCCCUUUGGUCAUCCUGACCCAAUACUUGGAUGCCACAGGGCAGUGGGGUCAAGUUGGAGUGGAGCGAAGAAACCAGGUGAUGGACAACAUUGUUUCUGGUUAUGCUCGGAUGCUGGCUCACCGGAAUUCAGAGGGUACCUACCACAUCCACCAGGAAAGCCCUGGGAGCACAUGGCUCACCAGCUAUGCAUUCAGGGUUUUUGCUAUGGCCUUCAAGUCAAUGACCAAGAGUAAAAUAGAGCUAGAUAUUCUGUGCAGCAGUGCCAAAUGGCUCAUUACCCAGAGACAAGAAGAGGAUGGGAGCUUCCAGGAAAAAGCCCCAGUGAUUGUAAAGUCCAUGCAGGGCGGAUAUUGGGGUUCAGAGGCCAAAGUUUCUCUGACUGCUCUGGUGCUGAUUUCCCUGGAGGAAGGCAAGAUUCUAUGUACCUCUGAGGACCUGAAUGUGAGUGCCAGCAUCCAGAAGGCUGCCGCCUUCCUUGAGCAGCAGCUACCAAGUCUGAAAACAGUAUUCAGUGUGGCCGUUGCCUCUUAUGCCCUGGCCCUUGCAGACAGCCCCCGGGCUGAUGACCGUCUGGAUGAUUUCGCAUCACCGGAUAAGAGUCACUGGCGGGUAAAAAAUGACAAGAAGUCGCUCUCCACGGUGGAGGCCACGGCGUACGCUCUCCUGCAGAAGCUGCAGCUCGGUCGACCUGGAGACACACACGCCAUCAGCAAGUGGCUCAUUGAGCGGAGGGAGCUUGGCGGUGGCUUCCAGAGCACCCAGACCACAGUGGUGGCACUUGAGGCCCUGACCCGGUACCGACAGGCCAUCCCCGCUGGCGGGAACUCGGCCAUCCAGGUCCAGAUCGCCGUCCCCACACGGGAGUUCACUGUGAAGUGGACCCUUGACCAGACUAGUACCUACCAGCUCCGCUCUCACAAGUUCUCGGCACAGGAUGACCUCAUCAUCAAAGCUAGUGGUACUGGGAAAGGUACCCUCUCUGUCUUGACCAUUUACCACAAGCUUCCAGACAGCCAAAAGAGCUCUUGCCACCCUUAUCAUCUGAACGUAACCCUGCAUCCUGAUGAGAGAAGAGAAGAAGAGACCUAUCAUUUGAGGAUUGAGGCAAGGUACUUGGGUCCCCAAGAUGCCACAAUGACCAUCCUGGAAGUGUCGCUGUUGACUGGUUUCUAUCCUGAUGAGGGUGACUUAAAGCAGCUCACAAGCAACAUUGAGAUGUAUGCUUUCCAGUAUGAGACCAAGACCAGCUCCAGUAACAGCUCUGUCAUUCUCUAUCUGGAAAAGCUCUCCAACCAAAUGAACACUGUGCUUAGCUUCCGAAUUCAUCGGCUACUUAAUACAGAACUCUUGCAAGCUGCUCCUGUCACCAUCAUCAACUACUAUGAGCCUGAGGAGAGAUGCAGGGUCUUCUACAAUGUGCCGGGAGAUGCUGCACUAAUGAGAAGGAUCUGCCAUAAAGACGUGUGCCGGUGUGCUGAAGAAAAGUGUCCAUCCCUAACCAGUAGCUACAAUAAUAUCAACCAGAAGGAACUCCAGAUCACAGCUUGUCAGCCAAGUGUUGAUUUCGUUUAUAAGGCCCACUUGACAGAACUGGAGCAGAUUGACACCUAUGUCUACUACACUAUGAAAAUCCUGGAAGUCAUCAAAAGUGGUACAGACAUUGGAGUUCUCAACAAAAACAAAAAAUUUAUCUCCCACAUAAUGUGUUUCCAUGCCCUUGGGCUGAAGGCCAAUGAGACAUAUUUAAUCAUGGGCCAGUCAUCAGAUCUGUGGAAGAUGAGAGAUAACUACAGCUAUGCUUUAAGCACAGAUACCUUCAUCAUCAAGUGGCCAGAAAUAUCUGAUGUUGAUUUUUUGGAAUUUCGAAAUGAACUAGAAAAGUUUUCAGAAUUUCUAACUAAUCAUGGCUGUGAAAAUUAGCUGGUCAGCAUCCAGCUGUGCCCUCAGAGGAGUGAUAAUAAAGAAUAUGAAUGCCUCCUAUCACUCAGCAGAGAGCUGGUAGAGGCACAGAAUGCGACAUACAAUUUCA